GUCUGGGGGCCACUCUGCACCUUUGGCCUGCUCUGGGCGCCGAAACCCUGCAGCCUUACGAGAGAGGGCCCCAGCCUGCGCUCUCUCCCCUCUGCUGUCUCCUGCCCUCCACUGUGUCCACCUCUGGGAGUCCUCUCUUGCCUCGUUGCUCCUGUGUCUCGGCCUUUCGAGUGCCUUGGAGGUCUCCGUGACCUCCCGUGAAGAUCAGAGACUGCCCCCCUUUUUUAACUUUGACAAUUGACUUUUGUUUCCUUUUCUAAUUUUUAACGUUUUUUAAAAACAAUCCAGGAGAACCCCAGCUCUGAUUCCUUCAAGGCUCAGCGUGUCUGUUCCUCUGGUCCACACCUUUUGGUUUGAACGGCCAUUUUCGCUUUUCCCCGUGUCUGUUGCAGGCAAGGUCGUCUCCUGCCCCUGCCUGCCCACUCUGGCCUGUGCCCAGUCCUGGGUCCCCAACUCCCUGCCACAGUCCCCUCACCUUCAGAUGCCUUAAAGCCAGGCCCCAGGCCCCAGCCAGCCAGAGCCUCUCAGACGCCAAGCUCUGGAGCUUGGCUCAGGACCAAACCGCUCUGGCCUGGGGAUUGGGCCCCUUUGCCCAGGGUGCCUGCCCCUGGGACAGAAGGAAGUCAAAACCUUGGUCUUGGCACACCCACCCUCACCUUUGUGCCCAGGCCUACAUGCAGAGCUGGGCUUUCUCUGCCAGCUGAAGCCAGUCCCCUGCUGUCUGUGAGUGUUGAGCAUUGUAUCCAGCCCAGUGAGCCUCUGCUGUCCACCCCCUUCUGAAGACAAACUCCACCUCUCCAUUCCCAGGCCAGAUCACCCGGAGCUGGCCUCCCUUUGGCCCAGUGCCCCACACCACCAACUCCAUGUAGAUACGCUUGCUCCUGCCCGUGAGCAGGACCUGUCUGCCAGAGGUGACCCUGGGCCCUGCUCCUGGCCAGCUGGGCCACCAGCUUCCUUCCCCAGACACCGGCCCAUCUCCACUCCAGGGGGUGUCCUUUCCCCAGUCCCACACAAACCUUUGCUGAAUUAAAGUUUGUAAGUAAAUGGUUUUAAAGAAAGCAAGACUGGCUGGUUCUUGGGCAAAUAAUGGGCCAGGGUGGGAGGUCUGGGAUGGCCCACAGGUCUCCGCAGGCCCGGGUUACCUGGCCCCCUCCCGACUUUCCCCGCGUCCUCCCAUAGUCCCACCCCUGGUAUCCUGCACAGAAGCGCUCUCGCGCACACUUCAAGGAAACAGACGGCGCUUAUGCUCGGAUCGUUACGGAUCUAUUGUGCGUACUUCCGCCGCGCGCAUGCCUAGUCCUCGGGUCACGUGAUGCCUGUUAUGGCCGCCUCCGUGGCCCGGAGCGGUGUGAAUGCCGGGGUCUUGCUGCGGGCGGUCAAGGGGGUCUGGUGGGGCAGACUCGGGGGCUGUUCGGGGGCAGGGGAGGCAGCGACGCCGGCGACAACUAGGGAAUUCCGGGCGACAGGCUCGCGCCCAGCGGGGGAGGAGGAAGCCUGCGACCCUGAGCGGCCCCGGGACGUGGUGAACGUGGUGUUCGUAGACCGCUCAGGCCGAAGGAUCCCAGUGAGCGGCAGAGUCGGGGACAAUGUUCUUCACUUGGCCCAGCGCCACGGGGUGGACCUGGAAGGGGCCUGUGAAGCAUCCCUGGCGUGCUCCACCUGCCAUGUGUAUGUGAGCGAGGACCACCUGCAUCUUCUGCCUCAACCUGAUGAGAGGGAGGACGACAUGCUGGACAUGGCUCCCCUCCUCCAGGAGAACUCCCGACUGGGCUGCCAGAUCCUGCUGACGCCCGAGCUAGAGGGGGCUGAAUUCACCCUGCCCAAGAUCACCAGGAACUUCUACGUGGACGGCCACGUCCCCAAGCCCCACUGACAUGGGCGGCUGCACCAUGCCGGACACCAUGGCCCCAAGGCCAGGACUGAGGAAGAGCCCCGCUGCCAGCCCAGCCCAGCCCAGAGCAAGGACAGGCCGUGUGAUGAUGGAAGGACCGCGGAGCCCAAAGCCCCUGCUUAAGAGAGACCCAGGGCAGGCUCUGGUGGGGACAGGCUGCCUACUGAGGUGGCUUCCCCAAGACCUCAGAAAAUGGGCUGUGGAUGGGAGUGAAAUCUAAUUGGAGCCACAAUAAAACUGUCUCACAGACUUCCAGCUUUU